AUGCAGAGCGCCGGCCCCGCCAGCCCCGCUUUGCACCUGCUCACGUCCUACUUCAUCGACAGCAUCCUGGGCAGCCGGGGCGCCGCCGCGGGCCGCCACGGCCUGGACCCCGCAGAGCCGCCGAAGCCCUCCCAAGGCCGGCUCCUGGCCGAGGAGAAGCCGGGCUGCCCGGCCGGCGAAGAAGCGGCGGCGGGCGGGGUCGACGGCGACUGCCGGGAAGAGCAGAGCGCAGCAGUAACCGCAGCGGCCGUCGAGGCGGCCGGGCCGGGGCAGCUGAAGAGGAAGCAGCGCCGCUACCGCACCACGUUCAGCAACUUGCAGCUGGAGGAGCUGGAGCGCGCCUUCCGCAAGUCCCACUACCCCGACGUCUUCACCAGGGAGGAACUUGCUAUGCGGCUAGACCUCACAGAAGCCCGAGUUCAAGUUUGGUUUCAAAACCGAAGGGCGAAGUGGAGGAAACGAGAAAAAACUGAAAUUUUAGGCAGCGUGCCUGGAAUCUCCUUGACGCAUCCUUUUGGUCUGUACUUGGAUGUUCCGCUAAGUCAAACUCCUCUCCUGGAUCCCACCUGGCGUUCAGUGCCAAUUUCCACAAUGGCUGUGCCAUCAAUGACACCUGCUUUCAGUCCAACAACAAUGACGCCAUUCGGCCUUGGCAGCCUCACCUGGACAUCCCUUUUCCGAAACCCAGUUUUAAGUCCUCAGCUUGGAAGGUUCCUCAGUGCUCUAAACCCUCUUGUGACAACGGCUUCAGUCCUAAUGAAAGCUCCUGGCUCCUCAGCAGACCCCGUUGCGACGGCCUUCGCUGACCCAAUAGCAGCCGAAAGGAAAACCUCGAGUAUUGCAGACCUGAGACUUAAAGCAAAAGAACAUUCUGCACAAAUCCCUCAACUAAACCAUGUAGCCACUCUAACAAGUGCUAGCAAAGAUCAUUAACCACUUCCUUUGGGGGAGGCAGGAAGGGACCUGUGAUCAUGCAGAGGAUGCAAA